AUGGCUAUGAAAGCUACCUCAGUUCUUGCCUUGCUGGUAAUCUUCAACGUCCUUGUCUCGUCUGUCAUGGGACGUGACAUCCCAAAGGACUCGAAAACUGCUGAAGUGAAGAAACCCGAGACUUUUAACCAAGAAGGCAGCGUCCUCAUUCCAGGAGUCGGACGUGUCAUGAUCCCACCAAAGAAGAAGUGCUUUUUCAAAGGGUUUAACCCAUUCACCUACAAUCCCGUGACAGGCAAAAACACCGGACAUGGAAUCAGCAUUCCCACUCUCCCUAAUACUGGCGUCCCUGGCUACCUUCCCGGUAAUGAUGACACCUUCAUCCCCAACCCGGGAUUUGAGGUCCCCACCGGUUUUCCAGCCCCGCCUAUUCGUCAUUAG